AUGGAGGAGCAGGACCCAGGAGGACCUGGACCUGGCAAGAGAGCAAGGAAAGGCCCCCAUCCUGACCAAGCUGGGAGUGGCAUUGAAUCCUGGCAGAGAGCUGUGUCAGAGAUCUGGGAUCAGGAGCCCCUGAACUCAGAACUACAUUGCCGACCCUUCCGGCAGUUCUGCUACUGUGAGGCCGAUGGGCCCCGGGCGGUUUGCAGCCAGCUGCAUUUAUUUUGCAACCACUGGCUGAAGCCAGAGACACACACCAAGAAGCAGAUCCUGGACCUGGUGAUCCUGGAACAGUUCCUGACCAUCCUGCCCCACGAAAUGCAGCGCUGGGUCAGAGGAUGCGGGCCGGAGACCAGUUCCCAGGCGGUGGCCCUGGCCGAAGGUUUCCUCCUGAGUCAGGCAGAGGAGAACAAGCUGGCAGAACAGAGUUGGGGUCCAUCCGUGAAGAUGGAAGCAAAGUUCUGUGAGAUGGAAAGAGCUCCUUUGGAGGAAGGGCAGCCGGCCCGAGCCCAAGAGUGCGCCCAAGGUGCCCUCUCCUGCGGUACCGAAGAGACAGUGUUCAGCCAUUCUCUUUGCAGAGGUGUGGAAACUGCUGCUGUACCUCCAGUCCAGUCUCCAGUUUCCUUUGAGGAAGUUUCCGUGCAUUUUACUGAGGCAGAGUGGGCCCUGCUGGAUCCAGACCAAAGAGAUCUCUACAAGGAAGUCAUGCUGGAGAACUAUGGGAGUGUGGCCUCUCUGGCAGGGGAUGAUCAAUGGGAUGAGGGUGAUAAGGAAUUGUAUCAGCUAUUGCCAGAUAAAGUGAAGAAUAAAGAUUGGAAAGGAAACUUCAGGAAUCAAGGCGGACCUAAGAGGCGGAAAGGAAGUCACACAGCCAAGAAGAGGGACCAACCCAUUCCUGGCCAAGGACUGGAUUUCCAUGAACUAAUCCACAGGGUGGAGGAAGCAUAUAAGUGCUUGGAGUGUGGAAUGAACUUCUCAGAUCAAGCCCAAUAUGCUAUCCAUUUGCAAAUGCACAAUGGAAAGACGACCCAUCAAUGCUUGAAGUGUGGGAGGAGCUUUCUAUACAGAGCAGAGCUACUUAGACAUCAAAGAACACAUAAAGGAGACAAACUGCAUAGCUGCUCAGAUUGUGGCAAGAUAUUCUCACAGAAAUCAGACCUUUGUAAACACCGAAGGAUUCAUUCAGGAGAGAAGCAUAUUAUCUGCAUGGAGAGUGGAAGGAUACACUCUUGUGGAAGAAAGUGUAGUGCACUUUCCCCAAAGGGUACUGUAAUGAGGACACACAAAUGCUUUCAGUGUGGAAAGUACUUCAAAUACAGAUCACACCUUCUUGUGCACCAAAGAGUACACACAGGAGAGAAACGGGAGAAACCUUUUGAAUGCUCAGAGUGUGGAAAGAGAUUCAGUCUCAGAGGCACUCUUCAGCAGCAUCAAAGAACCCACACAGGGGAGAAACCUUUUGAAUGCUCAGAGUGUGGAAAGAGGUUCAGUCAGAGAGGCACUCUUCAACAGCAUCAAAGAACACACACUGAGGAAAAUCAUUUUGAAUGCUCAGUGUAA